AUGGCGCACUCCGUACUUUUAAAUAUCGAUUUACUAUAUAUAAUUUUUGAUAAUUUUGAGUACCAAGAUGAUUUGUUUAAUGGACUUCUUGUAAAUUCUUAUUGGACUUCGGUAAUUGUUGGUAAAUUAUGGAAAAAACCAAUUUGGAAAUCUCCAAGCGUGUUCCGAAAAUUCAUACGAACAUUAAGAAAUCCAACUACUUCAUUCGAAUACAAUCUAAUGAUCCAAUAUUUAAUAUUCUCUUCAUACAGCCCAUUUCAUAUCGAGAUUUCAAUUCCUGCUGUUGAUAUUAAACUAAUUGCUGAACGAUGCAAUAACGUUAAGCAUAUCACUUUCGCCCGAUCAUUCUCAGCUGAUACAAUUUCCAUGUUCUUAGAGCAUAGUCCCGGUUUGAUUUCUUCGGUAAUUUCAGGGCAAAAUCUAUCAACUUUAAGUCGUGCUAUACAACCAAUUCGUAAUGGAAAUUGUUCAAAACUUCAAUAUCUAGAAUUGAAAAACUGGAAAUCUGAAUGGAUGCAGUUUGAUAUAUUACGAGACAUAGGGAAACAAUGUCCCAUGUUGACCACUUUGUUAAUAUCCUCAAGUUUAGUAACUAAUCUUUUAGCUUCCGUAAUUGUCGCUUCGUUUCCAAACUUACAAACCUUCACGUGCAGUACCAUAACAGGGUCUGGAUUCACAAUUCUUAUGUCCGGUUGUCCAAAAUUAAAAUCCUUAUCUUUAGAAUUUCCGUAUAUUAGUAUUGAAACUGCCAUGAACAUAGCAUCUGAAUUUCCACCAUUGGAGUCAUUUAGCUUACGAAUAAGUUCUUAUCGAGGGUUUGACCACUUUACUAAAUUAUGGGUUCAUUCGCAACAUCAUUUACGACACAUAGAAUUAAAUUUUGCCCGUGGUUUAUCUGACGAUUCAUUUUUGCCCAUAGCUCAAUAUUGUCAUCAAUUAGAAUCUAUAGAACUUCGAACGUGCACGAAUUUAACCGACAUUUCAGUAUCCACAUUGGCUAAAUAUAGAAACAUUAAUCUUCGAAAAUUCACAAUAAUGCAUUGUAAUCAAAUUACUGACGUGGGUAUAUCUGAGCUGUCCCAACAUUGUCCAAAUCUAUGCAAAGUGUCCAUGAUUGGGUGCUUGAACAUUACGCAUGUUUCGUUGUCGAUGAUUGUACAAAAUUGUCAAGGGUUGGUUGAAUUUGCGUUCACAAGUAGGCCGAGAAUGACUCCGACUGUAAUUUUGACUUUGGUGCAGUUUAAAAGGUAUAUGUUGGAAAUAUUGGAUAUCAGAAGUGAUGAUAUGGCGACAGCAGAUGUGACCGUUAAACAGCCUUAUCCAAAAUUUGAUUUAGCACUAAUGGAAAAGUUGGCUAUAACUUGUCCUCAUAUUAGGUUUCUGGGAUUAAAUUUUAAUAUGGUAGGGUUGAAUUCUGACGACUUAAUAUCGGUAAUGCAUAAAUUUCAAAACCUUGAACAAUUAGAUAUCAGUAAUAAAGAAUUUAAAAAAGAGCAUAUCAAAGAAUUAGAAACUCAUCGUAGAUUAAAAGAAGUCAGAUUUAUCGGAUCAUAUGCUUUAGAUCAAGAUGCAAAACUUUAUUUAGCAUAUAGAAAAAGUAAAGUAAAAUGUCAAGGCCCUUUUAUUAUGUUUAACUGA